AUGCCGAAGCUCUUUCCAUGGCAUCGUCUUCGAUCUUGCUAUGUCAGAUCUCUUCCUCAUUUACCCGCAUCGUCUAGGGUUUUCUCACGUCUUCUAAGCCGCCGUUCGCCUGCCGCCGAACCAGAAGACGACAUUCACGACCCCCCCUUUUCUCCCACCCAAUUGAAAACCCGAAAUCAGAAAAACAAACUGAAAACCAGUUCCGGUAAGACUGCCAAAGUUUCCGAUGGAACUAAUCUCAAUACGGCUAAGCACUUACCGGCGAAGUCCGAUUUGCCGUUUGAUUUUAUGUACUCUUACUCGGAGAACAGCCCUGGCGUGAACCCCAUCGGAUUCCGCGAGCCCCAGCGAUUCUCCCCCUUCGGCCCGGGCCGGCUCGAUCGGAAGUGGACUGGGGUUAGAGCUCCGGCCAAGCAGAAGACAGAUUUGGAGAAAUUCGCGGCGGAGCGAGCUAGGGUUUUGGGGGAGCCACUUUCCGACGACGAGGUCGCCGCGCUCGUGGAGAAGUAUCGCCACAGCGAUUGCUCACGCCAAAUCAAUUUGGGAAGGGGAGGAGUUACACACAACGCGCUUGAAGACAUCCAUAACCACUGGAAAAGAGCAGAGGCAGUACGGAUAAAGGUUCUGGGGGUGCCAACGAUCGACAUGGACAACGUUUGUUUCCAUCUCGAGGACAAGUCUGGGGGGAAGAUCAUCCAUCGCCAAAUAAACAUCCUCCUGUUGUACCGGGGCCGUAACUACGAUCCUAAUGCACGGCCGCAUAUUCCGACAAUGUUAUGGAAGCCUCUUGCGCCAAUUUACCCGAAGCUCGUGAAGAAUGUUCCCGAUGGCCUGACAUAUGAGGAAGCUAAGGAAUUGAGGAACAGAGGGCUUAAUUCGACUCCCCUGAUGAAACUCACUAGGAACGGUGUGUAUGUAAACGUCGUUGAGAAAGUGAGAACGGCAUUCAGAAGUGAAGAUGUAGUUCGGUUGGACUGUGCUCAUGUGGGCACGAACGACUGCAAGAAGAUCGGCGUCAAAUUAAGAGUACUUGACAUAGUUCCUUGUAUUCCUCUGUUAUUCAAAGAUGAACAGAUUAUACUCUGGAAGGGAAUCAGAGGGGAUGAGUAAAGCAAGCCUGUGUUCAUUGAUCAACAUUCUGAUGGGAGUAAGAAAAUACUUUCGAACUUAAUCUACUAUUUGAGACACCGUUUCCAGUGGAUGAUGAAAUGGUUGGCUGCAAAUGCUCAGGGUUUGUGUUCAAGUAUAUUUUUUGUCAUAUGUUAUUUGAAUACACAAACAUAUGUAUGCAGUGGGAGAGAUACCUUUUUGUAGAUCUAUUUAUGCAUAGUGCCCCUCCAUACGCUCUGUCUGUUCAUGCACACAAUUAAUUAGAUCAAUUUGCAAGAAUUCUCUCAAGUGUUUAUA